GCCGCACGACGUCGUGCACCAUCAGGCCACGCCCAYGGGGGUAGCGUGCGGUGCGUGGUGGUGAAGUUAGGGCCAUGGCGCGGGUGGCCGCCCCCCCGGAGGUGAUCCGCGCAGCGCAGAAGGACGAGUACUACCGCGGCGGCCUGCGGAGCGCGGCGGGCGGCGCCCUGCACAGCCUGGCGGGAGCAAAGAAGUGGUUGGAGUGGAGAAAAGAGAUCGAGCUGCUCUCAGACAUAGCCUACUUUGGCCUCACCACACUUGCAGGCUACCAGACGCUUGGGGAGGAGUAUGUGGGCAUCAUCCAGGUGGACCCAUCCCAGCGGCAUGUGCCCUCCAGGCUCCGCCGUUGUAUGCUGGUCACACUUCAUGCAGUCCUGCCCUACCUGCUGGACAAGGCCCUGCUGCCCCUGGAGCAGGAGUUGCAGGCUGAAGGUGACAGCAUGCGGCCCUCACAGGGUAGCCUGGUGCCCAGUGGGCGUGGCCGGUCAGGGACACGACGAUGGGUUCGUCGCCACAUGGCUAUCCUGACCGAGCAACAGAGGAGGACUCUUCAGCGGGCCGCCUUCAUCCUUAGACAGGGCCUCGCCUGCCUCCAUCGCCUCCACAUAGCCUGGUUUUACAUCCACGGCAUCUUCUACCACCUGGCCAAGAGGCUCACAGGRAUCACUUAUCUACGGAUCCACCACCUGUCAGGAGAGGACCCACGGGCUCGCGCAAGCUACCGGCUGCUGGGGCUCGUCUCCCUGCUGCACCUGGCACUCUCCGUGGGGCUGCAGCUGUACGGCUUCAGGCAGAGGCGGCGAGCCAGGAAGGAGUGGAGGUUGCACCGCAAUCUGUCCCACCGCAGGAGCUCGCUGGAAGACAGAGCCGUUUCCCGCGCACCACUGUGCACCCUGUGCCUGGAGGAGCGCAGGCACGCGACAGCCACUCCCUGUGGCCACCUUUUCUGCUGGGAGUGCAUCACUGAGUGGUGCAGCACCAAGGCGCAGUGUCCCCUCUGCAGGGAGAAGUUCCCUCCCCAGAAACUGGUCUACCUGAGGCACUACCGCUGACUGUCACCAAACACCCUGGAAAGUGGAUGGAGGAACCUCAAGAAGCUUAUUCUCGAGAUUCACUUAGUUGCACAGAAAUCAGAACCCUUUGCACUGUGUUGCCACGUAAAGCUACGACUCCCGCCACCAGGCUAGAGGACAAAAAGCUGGUGCUGACGAGGGUGACCAGCCUGGCACUAUAAGGGCUGCUUUGGCAGGUGGCUGUGGCCCACCAAGGGAGGGGCCAAAGCCCCAGGUUUGGCUCAGCUUAGGGCUUCUUCAGAGGUCCCUCGUUUGGACAAGGUCUCAGGAUUCCCUCCCUUCCCCAGCCACAGAGUUGAGAACUAAUUUCAAAAGUUGUCCAGAAAGAAUUUUAUUCACUCUGUUGAGCAGAGGACUCUCAGGAGGCAGGAGCUGAGCAUCAAGUGGGGAGGGGGCAGUGUGCUCCAGCUGGGUGGUCACAGAGGCCCCCAGCACCCAGGCCAGGUAAGCCCAUCUAUAGGACUGGGUGUCAAGACCACACAGUAACCAAAGGUCAGUACCUCUGACUAAAUAUUUGGCACAUAUUUUUAAUUCAUGGUGUUUGCUUCCCAUUUUUGGCUUUAGCACAAAUGGGAAGGGGUCUCCCCAACUGCAGGGGCAGAGCCGGCUUCAGUGAAAUUUCCUGUUGUUUUCUUUACAUCUUAACUUGCUUCUGCUCUUAGGCUCCUCUGRGGAGCCUAGGUGAGCCAGUGCCCUCCCCCAAAGGCCCAGGUGGGCAAGCACGCUGCUUACCCAAGGUCAUGCUGUGGCAGCCCCCUCAGCUUGUCCCCAGCCUGCUUCCUGCCUCUAUUUGAUAUUUCCAGGUUUUCAAACUUAACUGGUGCCAGAGACAACUUGCAACGUUUAAGAAACUAAUUCCACAGAAAUGUUGGUCCAUGGAGAACAAAGGAUUAACCUGGAAGAAUCUCAUAAAAUGUGUGGAGCUGCCCCCGGCAGGACCUCUGGGUUGUGUGGAAUGUGGGGCUGAGGCCAGCCAGCAACAUGGCUUUGCUGUGCAGCUGUUCCUAGUGAGCAGGGCCAGCGAACAGCAACAGGCAACUGCCCGCCCUAGGCUGGGAGGAGCACUGGGGAUGGCUCCAGGGCUGCUGGCAGCAGAAGGCUCCACAGCCCCUGCAGGGGGCCUGGAGCACAGCUCUGCACAACCAUGCCCAGCCCUGGACAGAUGCACAUGAGUUCCCAUCACAGGCUCGAGUGUGACAGUCCCAGGUGCAUGCCUGUCAUGCCAGCCACCAGGGAGGCUGAGGCAAGAGGAAAGUCUGAUGUCAGCUUUGGCAACUAAGACUGUGUGGCAGAGAGAAAAAAAUUUACAGGGAUCUUGGAGGGUGUGGCUCAGGUACAUCACUUGCUUAACAGGCUCAAGGCCCUGGAUUCAAUCCCCAGAACCACACACACACACACAAAAAGUGAACUUUCAGGUACACAGAAGGACUUACAGAUGAUCUCUCACAGGAGCUCAACUUGAGAUCAGAAGUCAACAAAAGACCGUCCAGACCAUUGGCUCAGUGUCUGAAACCCUGUGUGUGCAUGGGAAGCCCUGGUGCCAAGGCACCAGAGGGCCAGAGCACUUGUGCCUCCUGGAGGGGUGUCUCUUGGCUACCGUCAAAGACUGUUCCCCUCCCGGGACGGCUGAGAGCAAGCUGGGCCGUGGUGCAACGACUAGUGCUUUAGGUAUAGACUAUGCAAGCAAAGGACACUGUCUUUUAAUAAAACUGGAAUUAAAAAGUCACUUAGUAAAGUGUUUAAGAGUAUUUUUUUUAUCAUAUUAAAAAAGUUGACAUGCGGUAGGUUCUAUUUCCCUUGUAGAAAAUGAAAAGCUGUUAUGUUAAACUCACAAACCUGGCCUGCUCUGACCAGUUUUGGUGUUUCCUUACAGGGGCUGAAAACAUUUAUUAGUCAAAAGCAAAACAAACUCUUCAUACGUAUCAAAGAAAUGUGUCAAAAUAAUCUCAAACAAUUAAAAUAUAAUAUGUUUAUAAUUUCAGGCCCUCAGAAGCAAUCAUGGUAGUUAAGAACAGAGUUUUGAGUCAUCGCGAUAGAGGCCAGCUUGAAAACACCUCCAGUGAGGUGAGGUUUGGAAACUGGCAUGAGAACCCCAGAGUUACUUGAAAUCAACCACCUGUGCAGCAUUACGUUCUCUGGCACGCAGGAAUCGGAUUGGCAUGGUCCCUCCGGCCUCACCGUGGCUGGGAAACAGCCCCACGCAGAGCAGCCAGCUCCUCUUGUAGCCUCGCUCCUGUCCUCCCUCCCACCCCUUGCUCCUGCGGCUGCUGCCCGCCUGGCCUCUUGAGCCUGCGGUUAAUACAAUGCCGUCCUUUGAAACAUGUGGACACCACUGAAAUAGAAAUCAAUGCAAUCUGGUUUAAAUGCCAGUUUCUUCAAGAACCUGUAUUUCAGUUACAAAUCAUUGAGGCUCCUUUUUAAAAAGAAAAUUCAAAUCCCUUGUAAUCAACUACUU